AUGGGAAUGCCGACCGUCGAGGUGCCAGACUUGGAGGGCAGCGGUUGUGGGUUUUCGGGGGCGGGAACCUCCAGCGAGACCCUGUUCAGCUGUGCAGUGAAGCCUCAGCUCUCUGUCUUCGAGCAUAGGGGCGCUUCGAAUGGCGGCAGCGACGGAGCUGAACGCACCGCGCUCGUAUACGCGGCGAGCGAAGGGUCAGCCGGAGGCAGCGGCAAGCUCGAACAAGAAACAGGCGCAAGCGAGCGCGUGGAGGAUGCGCGAGACACACGACGCAGGUCCGAGGCGAGUUGCUAUUGCCAGGGAGAGACUACAGAAAAUGAAGAGCCUCCGUGUCCGCAGCGGAUUGGAAAGGGUGAAGUGCCCUCUCCUUCCUCUCGAAUCGCCACGCGUGGAAACUUCUUCUGCUCUGCGCGCGGCCCUCUUAGCUCCGCGACGGCGCAUGCUCCCUCUAGCGCUGGAGCCGAACUCGCAGUCGCGGGGCGGGGGCUCUUGGCCCGCCAGGGAGGGGCGCCUGCCGAGGAGACAGGGGACAUCGCGGCCCCUUCCACUGUAGCUGUGAACACUCCAGCUGAUCCUCCUGCGUCUCAUUCGAACGAUGUCGCUCCGGCAGCCUCGGCGCCGGCGAGAAUGACCUUUCCUUUGUCAUGCAAAAGCGGCUGUGGCCCGUAUGCAGUGCCUGGAUCCCCUGACUACCAUCCGUCCUCGGCCGUGGCGAACUAUCCGCCGCCAUCGCAGCCUCCCUCUCUCUCGCCCGCCUCCUCUUCCCCAGCACCCCUGUUUUGGUCUUCUCAGAGCCCGGGCUCUGCUCUCCCUGCGCCCCAGCCUAGGCUCGCUCAUCUUCCGUAUCCCUCCCUCUACUCGCCUUCCUACGAGGAGGCGCCUUCCAACCAGUCUCCGGCUUCAGAGGCCCAGGCUUCCUCUGCAGGCAGUCGCUAUGGCGCAGGACCUCUCCGCGCGCCGCUUUCUUACCCUCCGUCUCUAUUAUCGCUCAACUUCCCGCCCGCUGCGUCGUCUCCCCCGCAACCCACACUCGCGCCCUGUGCAGUUGCGGGCGAGGCCGCGCCCCGCCAGCACGCCGAAGGGGCGAGCUGCGGCCUCUGUCUUCUGCGGCCAACGGUCAGUCCGCGUUCGGCCUGCGACUCGCUCCCUCAAACUGCGUCGGGCUGCAGCCCGUCGCCCUUCUCUUCUCCCUCUGCUCCUCCAGCCAACCUGGUCCCGCAGCCUCUUUCUGUGCCGCCUCCCGCGCCCGCCCCAGACGCAGCGACGGACGCCCCGCCCUGUCACUUUUAUGGAGACACCCACCCGCCCUGUGGCAAGCCCGCUGCUUCGUCUUGCUCUCUACCCUCCUCGCAGCCUUCUGGCGCCUGCGCGCCCUCUAUCGGCUGCUGCCCACCGGCUAAGUCGCUUCUCUUGCCUGCCGCGCCCCCGCCCCACCACCGGGCCGCCUCAGCGGCCGGCGCCGGCGGCGUGGGAAUGGGAGUGGUUUGUGGAGCCCAAGCGACCGCGACAGGCGCGCCCUUCGCCCACGGGCCCAGUGCCCUUGACAGGGCUUCUCUCUCGCAGCUGUCUCUCGUUCCUCCACAGCGCGCGCAGGCCGCUGUGAACGCGUCGGUCUCCGCCGCGACGUCUCUCCUCGCGACCCCCUCUCCGUGUCCUCCGCCCGGCGGUGCCGCUUCACCGUUUCCCCUGUCAGGCAAUGCGCCCGAGGCCUCCGCAGCCUGCCAGCAGAUUUUUUUCGGCGGCGAGGCGCAGAAUGCCCCCCUCCCUCAGGCCCUCGCCCCUGGCGCAGUCCUCGCCGACGUCGCGCAGGCGUCCGCCGGAGACGCAGGGCCCAUCGGCGCGAGUCUCCGCUGCGGAUACUAUCCGGGCUUCGCGGCGCCAGGCGGAGACCCGCCGGGGGCGCAGGGCGGUGAGGGGGGGAUGCGGGGCCUCGGCGGGGGCUCGGGGCUCUUUCUGGAUCGCGAAAACGGAGACGGGAGAGUCCUGCUGGAGCAGCUCGACGUGCUGCGCAGCGGCGCCUCUAAGGACCUAUACAAGCGCGAGCGAACGCGCGUAGUGGGCGAGCUGAUUCGACAGGCCGUCACGUACCCGAAAGUCUCAGGCAUCUACUUUGACAAGCACCAGCUCCGCUGGUCCGUUGGCUGGGCACAGCACGGGCGCCGAGUGGCGAAGUACUUUCCUGUCAAGAUUUUCGGCCUUGCUGAAGGCUAUCGACUAGCUGUGCACUUCAAACAAGCCAUGCGGGCGGCAGCGCUGGCGGGGACGGCGGGCGUCAGUCCCCCUGGCCCCUUGCCGCCUUCCGCUUUGCUCUCUUCUUUCCCACUGCCGGCCUCUCCCUUAUCCUCUCUGCCUUCGUCUUCCACCGUCCCUAUCACGCCGCUGAGAGUCCCUCCGCUGCCCGCAACGGCGUUUCCAGCGUGCACUGGAGCCCCGCGCGCGGCCUCCCCAACUCCCUGUCCGCCACGGGGAAGCAGCAGGACGGGCGAGGAAGGACAAGCGAUGGACGCCUUCUCUCGCAUUGACCGGCUGCAGCAGCUGACGUUGGACGGCCGGCGUGAGCCGGCAACAGGGGCAACUACGCAGAGACCCGGCGCCCUCAGCCCGGCGCUGGCGCGCCGAGGCCCCUCGGGAGACGCUGAAGCUCCGCCAGGUCCCGCCGCGCCGUCAGCGCCGCGAGGAAGCGAGUUAGAGCCGUCCGGGGUAUCGAGUUCAGUGCCUGCUCAGGUGGUGCCUUCCGAAGGGCAGGAAAACCAAUCACUCAUCGGUGCCCCCGAGGGUCUCUCGCUGUCGCCCUUGUACGGCCCCCAAGGCCCGUUUGCCCCCGGCGGAAGGGACUGCGGCGCAGGGUCGGCGCGGUCGGAGGCCGGUGCAGAUGCAGCGCCGCGUCUCGCACAAUUUGCGGAGAAAAGUGAGUCUUCGCAUUUGGAGCCCGAUAGUGGCGCGAGAAGGGCGGACAGACUGCCAUUUUCUCCGGCGAUGUCAGGCGUGCCUCUCUCUCCCAGUCCUGCCGGCCUCGGCGGAGGAGGGGGCGCGGCCGCAGGCAUGCAGCCCUGCGGGGGGCCCAGGGGCCAGCUCCCGGGGCUCGACGAGGCAGGAUUGAUCUCCGCGGCGCCUUUGGAGGGCGGGAGAGAGAGCUUUGUGGAUCUUGUCUCGGGGCUGAGAUUGGUUGAGCGGAGGCAGGAAGGCGGCGGGGGCAGCGGCAUCAUGGGCUCGACGCCGACGGAGGCGUGUCUCUCGCUCCACGGGGGCGGGCGAGGGGAUCCGCAUGCAAAUGCGGGGAGACCGGGGGCGGAUAGCACGCGCAGCUCUUCUGAGGAUAGAGAACGAGCUGCGACGGCGACAGACCAAGACGGAGACGGCACGUCCCCAAGAUUUUCGCUAGAAUCUUGUCGCAGCAGGCCUCCCGUGCGCAGCACGCCACAACCCGACCUACAGCGCGAUGGACACUGCGAAGGCGAGGACGUGAAAAAGCAGCCGGCGCAUGCGAUUGGACUCGCGGGUGCCGAGUGCGGAGGCAAACUCGCCGAGACUUGCAACGCCCAGCGGGACGCCAGCAUAAUCCGAAGGCUAGACCGAAGGCAGGCGAAGCGAGGCGAUGACGACAGCAGCGCCAGCCGCGAACGCGGGGCCCAGGCAGAGAGAGACGCGGCAGGCGAACGCGAUCAUGCGGCGGGGUCCUCUGCGUUUCGGUGUGAAUCGAUAUCUAGCACCUCCACUCCUGGUGACUCGCAUCCAGCGUCCGCGCGGGCAGUCGCAGGUAGUAUCGAGAGCCCGGGCGAGGGCGGGUCUGAAGACAGGAGCGAAGACAGCAAAGAAGGCGAGGAAGCCGAGCGCGAGUGGGGUAGCACCGUGGAUCUCCGGUGCUAUGCCGAGGCUCGACUACGCUCUUCCUCUCAUCGGUCGCCGCGUGUCAAGCACGGAAGGGCGUCGCCGCGCGAAAGCGAAGCGGCCUCCCUCCGCCGCUGCCCCGAGGGCGGACAGAGCGCCAGCGCGCCGCGCCUGUGGAGUGCUGAGGCCCGGAACACCGAAGCUCAGGCGGCCACAAACGCGGACGACGAAGACGGCUUCUCCGCCUCUCUCUAUCCCUGUGGGGUCCCAUUCACCAUACGCAGGAGACCGAAACGCCGCCGCGUCUCUUCUGUCUGCGCGCACGCAGCCGAGGCCCGUGGGCACCAACCAGCCGCAGUGGAAAAGUGUGAACGGCUCGAAGAUCAAAGUCAGAGAGAGGCUACAGACCUCGCGCGCAGAUCUGACAGCCACGCAGAAAAAGGAGGCGGCGCUCCCCAGCAGGGCAACAGGGAUCCGGGGCCUGUGGGAUGUCUCCCUCAGGGUCUCUUCCCCUAUUCGCCCGCCAACGCGUGUUGUGUCCCUCCCUCGGCACGCCUCCGUUUACCCCCGCCCUCGUCGGGCUCCUCAAAGGGGAUGGCUAGCGCCGCCGCGGCGGCUGAGAGCCCCGGGCCGCGCCGCACCACGUUUCCUUUCUCCUCCGCUGCCUGCGGGUCUGCCUCGCUUCAGCCUGCGUCCCUGGUUCCUCGUGCACCUGUCGCCGGCACAGGUUUCUCCUCGAGGUCGUCUUCGGACAUCGCGCCGUUCGCUUCGCCCGGGGCCAGCGCGAGUGCGGAGUGCAAAUCGAUUGGGCCUUCAGACGGAGGCGCCGCGUCCUGCGAGUCGCUGGGCUCCUUUGGGAUGCGGCACAGCGGCACCAGCGCGCUGCUCAAACCACGCGAGACAGAGAAUUCUUCGGCAGUCGGCUCUACCUCCGAGAGGCCACGCUGCAGUUCCGCUCCUCCGUUGUACUCAGCAGAUCAAGCGACGCAAGCGUCGUCGCAUAUCUCACGCCCGCCUCCCUUCCCCACUAAGGACGCUGUGGCUCUCUUCCCGUCUUCUGCCUGCCGCUUCACGGCUCCCUCGGCGCCCGCAGGCGGGGCGGCAGAGGAGGCUGACGAACGGCCCCCGUCUUCCUUCGGCUUGCCCGCCCCCCCCACGCCACGCUUUCCGCUGGUCUCGGGCGCGUCCGGUGCUGCGCAGAGUCCUUCUUCCGUUCCGAAGCGCGGACCACUCUGCGCCUCCGGAUCUGCGCGUGAGUCGCCGGCGCCGUCUCCGUCUUCGGGCGCUUCGGGUCGACGGCGAGAGCGCGAGGGCCCGUCGCUCGGUCCCCAGCCGCACUUCCCGUCUCAGUGUGCGCCUGCCGAAGGAGGCAAGAACAGUACUGUUUCGUGUGCUUCUAUCUUCCUUGAUUCGUCUUCCGCGGCUUCUGCGUCGCCUCCGCUUCCCUCUCUCUGCGCACGCCCCCCAUCGUAUGGCAUGCCUGCCUCGCAUGCGUCUCUGCCUUUGAGUCUCUCGUCUUCAUCCAGUCCCACUGUCUCCUCUCCUCCUCCGUCUUCAGCCUCUCCCGCCUUGCCUGCCUCGACGUCUUCCUUCUCAGCCUCCGCUUUGCCGUCUUCCGCGUGCGCGCCUGCGGCGUCUCCGUCGCCCGGCCUGCCCGCGGGGGCGCAGGCGGGCAGGCCCUGCGCCGCGCGGCUCCCCCCCAACCCUGCGAGCGGCGGUGUGGGGCCGGGCCUUUCUGGGGUCUGUGCUUCAGUCUCCCUGCCGCUCACCGGCGUCUUGACGCACACGACCGGCAUCCACUUCGACAAGCACUCGCUGCGGUGGAAAGCGACGUGGUACGACACCACGGGGCAGAGAAAGGCCAAGUACUUCCCAGUAGGCAAGUACGGCUACGAUCAAGCGCGUCGGUUGGCAAUUCAGGCCCGACACGCGAAUCACGUGCCUCGCAGCACUCGCUUCGCCGCCGCCCACGUUCAGCAGCAAGCCCACCUCCAGCAGCAGCUGCUCUCCCACGCGUUACUAUCUUCUACGUGUGCGCCCUUUGGGCUUUCCGCCGCGCCCUUCUCGCGUCUGCCUUCCGCCCUGCCCUGGGAAGUCUCCGGCGCGCGCCCCUUCCCAGGCGCUGUGCCAGGCUUCCAAGCUUCGUAUUUGCCUCCAAGAUCCGCUGCAGCCGCUCCCUCGGCCGCCGCGUCCAGCCCUCCAAUCGCGUCGCCGGCGGUGUCUUCGUCCCCGGGUCUCGGGCCCCCCUUUCCGGUCUCGUCUUCUUCCGCGGCGCCCGCCUCCGUCCCCCACUCCAGUCCGUUAUCGCAGCCCUGCGUCUACGUUCCCGCGCCUCAUUUCCAACCUCCGGCGGCUGCGCCGCCUGCGUUUCCCCCGCUCCUGUCCUGCGCACCUGUCUCCGCUGCGGCAGCCGCGUCGGCAGCUGCUUCGGGGCCGCCCCACAAGGCAGAAGGUCAUGCGCUGCUUGGCGCCAAAGUCUCGAUCGAAUCUGCGCCCAGCCGCAGGAGCGAAGAAGUCCCGCAGCUCACCAGUCACGCAAGCGAGCGCAUGGUGGCAGCUAAGGAAGAAGGCGAAACCCUCUACGAGCUGGCAGCACUCGAGGCCGAGACUAGCAGGGGAGCUUCGGAAAGCAAAGCGGACCCAGUUGAGCGAAAAAACCGAGAGUGCGAAGAGCGAGGCGGGACGGCCAGCGAGCUGCAGGCGCCGCAUGGAAGGCUGGCGGAGGACGCGCUGUCGGAUGGCGAGACAGAAGAGGCAGCGCGCUCCCGCAGCGUCCAUGAAAGAGAGGCUGAGCAACACCAGGCGCAAUCCGCGCACUCCCAGAACGGCUUCUCCGAAUCUGCCUCUCUCAAGAGCUCGCUGUCGCCCCGUCAGCGGGCAUCGGUCACGCACUCAGCCUGUGGAGAGGCUGCUGCGGGCCUCUCGGCCCGCGAGUUCCAGGGCGGAGGCGAUGAAAAUGCGGAAAACAGAGAGGAGACAGGCCCGACGGGGCUCUCGGCGGACGGCGAGGAGACGCAGGAGGUGUCUGUGAGCGGCGAGUUGAGAAGAGAAGACGAAGGCGAGACGUUGUCAGGGUCCGGCCGAGGUCGCAAGCGACGGCGGGACGCGGAGGAGAUGGCCCCCUUUUCUUUGUGCGACAAUGCCAGCUCGAGACGGGCGGGGGAGACGGCCACGCCAGACGCCAAAGAAAAGCGGAAGCAUGAGUUCUUUCACGGCGAUGGAGCGGAGGCGAAGGCGACAGAUGACGCCCAGGACGAGCCGGAGCUCGUCGACGAUGACGCAGGGGCCAACGAAGGCGAGGAAGACGCGAAAAAGGAAUUUGACUCGCCCCUAGCCCUCGAAAACGGGGACGACGACGACGACGCAGCCCCUCUGAACGAAGAAAUGUUCGACGAGGAAGCCGACAAACGACUCUCUCAAGAGCCCGCGCGCGUGUUGAUUCGCCACGCGUCGCGUCUGGCGCGAGUUCCAGGCAUUUGGUUCGAUAAGAAGCAGCUCAGGUGGGCGUGUACGUUUACGGACGCGUCAGUGGGGAAACGGCGCGCGGAGUACUUUCCUAUUCGGCACUUUGGUUUCUUUGGCGCGCGGCGCCUCGCUGUCAACGCGCGGAGACGCAUGGAGCGCCUGCGGCAGGAACAGCAGUACUUUCAGCAGCACCUUGCGGUGACGCAACGGUCCUUUCUCCCCCUCCUCUCGCCGCGUGCUUCCUCUGCGCCUCUCGGAGCCUCUUUCGGCAUACCUGCUGCCUCGUUCCUUCCCGCCUUCUCCCCCACCGCUUCGCCCUUCCUGCAUCCGCCUGGUGCGGCCUCGGUCCACCUCCUUCCGUCAGCCUCUCCCUCGCCCUCGCCCCAAAACCACGGGAGCGGCGUCCAGUCGCCUCCGACCCCCUGCGGCGCUCCGGGGAUUCCCCCCCCGAGUCCGCCCUCCGCGUCCCCGCUUUCCUUCGCCCCAGUGCUGGCAGGGCCGCCGUCUGCGUCUCCGUCGGCCGCGGCGUGCUUCGCCUUCCGGCAGCCGCUCGCCGCGCACGCCAGCAUUCCUUCUUCUCGACCUGUAAGCUCCGAUUUGCCGUCUGCCUCGUCUCCCUACUUUCUGUGCUCGCUCUCGUCUUCGCGCGGUCUGCCAGAAGGCCCAGCGCCGAGAGUCCCACAGACGCAGGGCUCGCCGCAAGAGCUCCCCGCGAAGCGCGGAGGAGCGCGUCCCAACGAGGAGCGCUACGCGUUCUCUGCUGACCCUGAGGACAAGCGCGACUGUGGAAGCGACGCAGAGGGCCUUCCGCGACAGCCGCACUUCCAGCACCACCAGCAAGAGCUGGUGCUGUUGCUGCUGCGCCAGGCUCAGCAGGGAGAGCAGAAGGAAGCCAAAGGCCUCGUCGCCGCUUCUGCGCCGGAGGAUGGCGCCGUGCCGCAGCCCGUGGCUUUAAACCCGCAACGCGAACGAGCAGACACAAGGCCCCUGCCAGCCUGCGAGGCGACGCUGCUGCCCCCUAGAGACUCGCCCGCGACCUCUCCGCCGGCUUUAGGGCCCUUUCAGAGGCCAGAGGAGACCGCAGUCCAGAGCCGAGCAGCAGUAAGCAGAGACGCAGCGAGGGGCGAAGACGCAGAAAGAGACGGAGCCGCGACGACUCAGUCGCAAGGCGAGGAACAAGGCGGCCAGGGAAGAGACGGACGACACGGCGACGAGGCGGCGGGAGGGCUGCAGGGCGAGAUCUCCGGUGACCUUGCGAAGGGAUUGGUGGCUCGGAACGAGCACGUGGAGCGAGAAACAGAGCCAGAUGCCUGCGCAGGAAGGCGAGAAGAAUGGAGGGGCGCGGCGGACGAGGAACGAAACUGCGUCUGCCUCGCGUUGACAGCCAGUCACCCAGAGCCCGAAAACAAUGGGGCGAAUGAAAGGGACGGUGAUGCGGAGCUAUGCACGGGCAGGGGAGGAGGAGGCACAGACGCCGGCGAGGGCGGCCCAGAGCGCUUCAAAACAGUCAACUGCGUGGUCUACGAAGGGGAAGCGCCCUCCGUCGACGCGCGUGGGAGGGCGCCUGAGGGGCGCGCAGACUGCAACCCGCCACAUGCCGGAGAAGUCCCAACAGCAGCUCGCGCGUGCGAGGGCGCGUUGCCUCUCCAUCCUUGGGUGAGAAGCCACGCAAAGUGCAUCAAGGUUCAAGGUGGUCAGAGUGCGCGCAGGAAGAGGCCGCUUUCUGGCGGCUGGCCUCACCGCUAA